UUUUAGGCUUCCAAGAACAAUAUGCCAGAUUUGACCUAAUGCUAGUUAUUUAGCCUACACUGGAAAAUAUUAUUUAUCACAGUUUUGUUAUAUAAUAACGCGUCUCCGUAUGCAAUUAACUUAAUGUGCGACAUUGUCUGCUGUGGAUUUCAGACUUCAUAGUAAACACGUAGAUUGUGCAGUGGUUUGUUUCUACGUAGGCAUUUAGAUUGAUCGAACUUUUGUCGUCCUAGUUGGUUGGAUUUAAAAACGUCGUGUCAAGAACAAGACAAAAGAAUAUCUCAACCCAUUGAAUAUUUUCAUUCAAAAUGUCAUCCACAUUUAAAAAUGCUAAAUCAUCUUAUUUUGAGAUAUGACUAAUAUUCAUGUAUUUAAUUUCACGUUAUUGAUUUAGCCUAAUGUUCCUCGAAUUUGCAUGCAUAUAUUUCCAUUGGAAGGAUCUGGAUGCAUAUGCGACUGCGUGCGCUGCUAUUGAGGGGGGGGGGGGGCAAAAGGGCCUUUUUAUUUUGAAGUAACGGUGCUUUUGGAUUGCGUCCAUAAAGCGAAUAAAGGGUUCUAAACUUUUUGACUUGAAUGAAAUCCGAAUCUCCACGAUGACCCCUCUUUUAACACUUGUUUUCGUAUUUGCAUUGGGAGCGGUGUUACCGGCUUUAAGCCACCCGAAGCCAGCUUUUGCACCACCGUCUAAACCCUGUCUUGCGCCCUUGCAAUGGGAAGGCAGAUCCGUCGAAUACGAUCACAACACUGGGCGGAAUACACGGGCCAUGGUGUCGUAUGAUGCGCAGAACCAGAGAAUACGGCUUCUUCAACAGAAUAAACGACAUACACCAUGCCAGAAAUACUUUGAGUUCAUCUACCUGUUCAAGAGUCAAGUUCUGUUCCAGAUUGAACAGAAGACUAAGCAAUGUUCUAAGAUCACCUUGACCCAAGCCUGGGACCCCUUUGACAUCCCAAUAAACUCCACCUAUGAGGACCAGUACUUUAUUGGUGGUCCUGGAGACAUGAUUGAAGUGCAGGAAUGGUCAGAUAGGAAACCAGCCCGCAAAAAUGAAGCAUGGGUUGGGGUCUACACAGUGAAGGACUGCUACCCUGUACAGGAGACCUACACCAGAAACAGCAGUGUAACUACCUCAACACGCUUCUUUGACCUUCAGCUUGGGAUCAGUGACCCAGAAGUGUUCACCCCACCUAGUAGCUGCCAAUCCGCUCGCCCAGAGUGGAUGGACUAUGAUUGCUAAGGCCUCCAACUUUGACCCCAUGUAUUACAUCAGGUCUCUGAAAGUGUCUCAGAGUAGGAAUUCAUAUCUCGGAUGCGUUUUGCUUUUUGUCUUGCCAGAUCGUCCCCUCAUAAAUAAGUGAGGGACCUUAAUCCUAAAUUAGCAUUGCUGCUCAUAGAUGUUUUGUGGGUAUGAGGGAAAAUGAGCCUUGAAAGAGAAAUAGUCAAUCCAGGUUUAAGUAUAAUUCUAACAUAAUCUCCUGUGGGAAAAUUCUGCUUUGGCAAUUGAUCACAUUAGGCAUGGUUUCACUUCAGAUAUAAAAUAGUUUAUAUAAUUUGGACAAAGUAGGAUGUUAGUCAGUUGGAGGUAGAUAUAUUUCAUCAAAAAUAAGUGAAAAUAAUAGAUUUGUGUGACACUAAAGCAAAGCUUUAUUAAUUAGCCAGGAAGGAUGUAUGGUUUACAUCAUUUGUUUUCAAUUAAGCAGUAAGGUUCUUCAGAACAUAACAAAGCACUACCAUUAUUACAUGUUGCACUUCCUUUGUGUGUGUGCGUGUGCGUGCAUGCAUUCAUUUUUCAGCCAAUGAUUAUUAAUGUUCAUCUCUUUAGUAUGCAAGCUCUUGAGUCUAUAAACCUUUUUCUUCUGACAGGUGAAUAAAAGCGUAAAUAUGA